AUGAAAAGUCGUGUAUUUGGAAAUAGUCCGUCCCCAGCUGUAGCUACAUAUGGCCUCCGCAAGGCCUCGUCAAUCAGCGACCCAUGCGUUCAAGAGUUUGUCAACAACAAUUUCUAUGUUGAUGAUGGACUUAUCUCACUUCCAAGUGCAUCUGAAGCUGUGAAUCUCAUGAAGAAAACACAAGCAACACUUAGAGAAAAUGGACAUAUUCGUCUACAUAAAAUUGCUUCAAACAGUGUUGAUUUUAUGGAGGCUUUUCUUAUGGACGACUUGGAAAAGAAUUUGAAAAACUUUAAAGUUUGUGAAACCUUACCUGUUCAGCACAACUUGGGGAUGAGUUGGGAUUUGAACAAAGAUAUGUUUGUGUUUCAAAUUGCGGACAAUGAAAAGCCACUAACUAAACGAAGACUUCUAUCAACAAUGAAGAGUUUAUUUGAUUCCUUGGGAUUCAUUUCUCCUGUGACAAUCAGUGGGAAAAUAUUCCAGCGUGAACUUGUACCAUCUGGAAGUGAUUGGAAUGAACCGCUAUCUAACGACAUCAACAAAUGGAGAUCUUGGCUAGAUGCUUUACAGUCUAUGAACGGUUACCAUGGUCCACGUAUGAUCGUACCUACCUCAGUUUCUACUGCACAUCAUGUUGAUGUUCAUGUAUUUUCUGAUGCCUCCGAGCAGACAAUAGCUGCUGUAGCAUACCUUAGAGUGAUCUGUGAAUCUGGAGAUUCCACUAUAGGAUUCCUCAUGGGCAAGUCCAAGCUUGCACCCCUCAAAGGCCAUACUAUGCCCAGAUUGGAAUUAUGUGGAGCAGUGUUAGCCACUGAAGUAGGAGAAGCUAUAUCAAGUUACCUGAGUAUAUCUUUGGACCGUUUUCAUUACUACAUGGAUAGCAAAGUAGUUCUAGGAUAUAUCUCGAACACUACCCGGAGAUUCUUCAUGUAUGUCAGCAACAGGGUGGAAAAGAUCCACAGAAUCUCAUCUCCAUCACAGUGGUCCUAUGCCUCUACAGACCGCAAUCCAGCAGAUGCUGCAACUAGGCACUCUAACGCAUUAGACUCAUCGGUGAAUCGUUGGAUAUCUGGUCCUGAAUGGCUGAAACAUGUAUCUGAUGAGACUAUGGCAGAGACAUUUCCUCUUAUUUCUCCAGAAUGCGAUAUUGAAAUUCGUCAGGAAGUAGUUUCUAUGAAAACAAAACUUUCUAUCAAUUCGUUGGAGCCUCGUUUUGUGAGAUUUGACAAAUGGGAAACACUUGUAAAGGCCAUUUUAGUUCUAAAAAUCUUCAUAUUAAAUCGGCUAAAGAAGAACUGA